AUGAGGCAGUGACAGCCCCGUCAUUUUCAAAAUGGCAGCAACAUUGCAAAUAAGCGAGUUUGAUAGUGAAGACCAAAUAACUAAAGAAAUAGCUAAACAAGAAGAGACAACGUCGUUGAAAUACAUAAUCUUGCGCAAAGACAAACGUUUUGGGCGAAAGGAUGCACACCCUUUGGAAGGAAAGAAGAUCAGCUGGGAGGUAAAAAGUCACCCAUUCAAUGGAGUUCCAUUUCAGGUUGUGGGCACAAGCACAUAUGAAUGCCAUCAGGGGAAAGACCGACAAGUAAAAGCUAAAGAGAAACAUGCUGCUAAAAUGAACAAGAAGGCGCUUGAAGACCAUGCCUUAAAGAGACGGAAACAAAAUACAAAGAAGGUGGACUGCAAGGCUUUAAUAAACAUCGCCCACAUUAUCCGCUUUCCUGGUUUUAAGAUUGAGGAGAGUACUGUGCGCUCUAAAAAGGAGGCCUCCAAAGAUCUGAAGGCAGCGCUAAGUGAAAAACCAAGCUCUGUGAAGGCAGAGGUUGUCUACUGCGUCAGGUUCCCCUCUCUCUCUGAGCAUAGCUCACACGCACUUGUUGGCGAGAGGUCCUCUAAGAAGAACUUGAAGGUGUUGCAGAAGCAAUGUGCAGGCUAUCUAAAAGAAAUAACAGACCUCACCUAUCAUCUUCAAGAUGAACAGUACAUGACUGGCCUGUCUUCACAUCUGCAAAGCCUAUUGCAGGAAAUUAAAGGACUUGUCCCACAGGAUAAAGAUCUCACACUGACCCUUUCCCCAAGGAAGAGAAAGGCUGAGGAGGACAUGGCCACCCUACCAACCCAGGGAGCGUCACAACCUUUCACCGACAGUGUAGGACAGCAUGCAGAUUUACAGAACACAUGCGAAGAACCAUGUUUGCCAAACUGAGUGUGGAGUGAGAUUGCUUGUAGGCAGGGAGCCUAGGGCGACGGAGGAUGGCAGUGUGUGUAUAUAUGUGUUGAGUCCGUUUUUUGUUUUUCCCCUUCAGAAUAUUUUAUUUUUGAGAGCUGGGUUUUGUGGUAACCCAAGCCUACCAGCAUACUUGUUGUAAUAUUUGAAUAUUAAUUGUAAUAAAAUAAAAAUACAAUUGGGUGAUAAUCCUGAAUGCAGUGGUGGAAAAAUUUCCCAAUUGUUAUACUUGAGUAAAAGUAAAGAUGCCUUAAUAGAAAAUGACUCAAGUGAAAGUCACCCAAUAAAAUACUACUUCAGUAAAAGUCAAGUAUAUUUCAAACAAAAUACAUUUAAAGUAUCAAAAAUAAACAACUGCUAAAAUAUAUUUAAGUAUCAAAAGUAAAAGUAUAAAUCAUAAAAAAAUUCCUUAUAUUAAGCAAACCAGACGGCACCAUUUUCUUUUUAUUUAUGGAUAGCCAGGUGCACACUAACAUUCAGACAUAAUGUACAAAGGACGUAUUUGUGUUUAGUGAGUCUGCCAGAUCAGAAGGAAGUAGGGAUGACCAGGGAUAAGUGUGUGUGAAUUGGAAAAAUGUUCUGUCUUGCUAAGCAUUCAAAAUGUAAUGAGUACUUUUGGGUGUAAAGUAAAAAGUAAAUUAUUUUCUUUAGUAAUGUAGUGAAGUAAAAGUUGUCAAAUAUAAGUAAUAUAGUACAGAUACCCCAAAAAACUACUUAAGUAGUACUUUUAAAGUAUUAUUACUUAAGUGCUUUACACCACUGCUUGUAUGUGGUGCAUUUCCACAUCCAGUACCCAGGUCAGGUCUUCUGUCUUAUUCCCUCUGCAUUCUCUCAACAUAUCUUUCCAUGUAACUUACUGUGUUAUCUCACAAUCGAAUCUACACCAUAAAAUGAAAACCUGUAUUUACAGUUAAAGAUUAAUGUGUUUCUGACAGUGCUAAUUGGUGGAGUACUGUGGCUACCAAUAUCCCUGUGAGCCUUCCAUGUCGCCGAGGGUUAAGAGUAUAAAUUGUAGAUUAAUAAUAUUGCAUUGUAUUACACUCUAAACUUGUUCUAUGGAUUUCUUGGCCAAAAUCUGUUAACUUUUUUUUUUUUUUUUAUACAUUUUGAGAUCUGUCUGUGGAACCCCUGCAAUACCUCUGCGGAACCCAUUUGGAGAACCUCUGGUUUAUACGUUCAUUGUGUGGUCUUGUCGGUUUCCACUCCAAUAUAAGAGAGAUCUCAAAAAUGGAGAAGGCAGUGAUAAGGCUAUUAUAUUUCAGGACAUGUGGUUUUGGUCUGUGAUAUAGUCUUGAGUGUUUUUGAUAUGAAAGUGAAACACUUGUACAAUCACAUGUUAUCUUGUUUAGCUGAUUAGGCCAUGUAUCUGAUUCAACUGGGAAUACACUGCCCUCGCCAGAACCGGUUUUAUGUCUCUUGUCAUUCUAUAAUUGCAUACAGUUGCAUAACUGUUUGUCUAUGGAUUUUGGUGGGGGAAACAAGGUCUAACACAUUCUAAAUGUUUUCUGAUUACUUUACAUAAUGUGCUGCAUUUCAAAUUGUUUGCUUUAUUACAUCCGUUAGUGGAUUUGGUAUUCCACACACCUUUCUUUGUACAUAAAAUAAAAUGCAACUUCGAUCUGG